CGACGUCGGUUAGAUGCCUCCAAAUGGAUGAGGUUUGUUGGCAUGCAGUGCCGUUGUGCGUGCCUCUCUGCGACUGUGUACUCAUCGGAAUGUAUUCCAUCUUUUAGUUUUCUUCAUCAAGCUGAACAGGGGAAGCUGAACGAUAUGGGAAUUACAAGGACCACGCAGUUGAGUUCUGACCCAGGGCCGAGUGGCGAAUCGAGUCCUAGUACCUCAUCCCCCAGCGGAAAUGGACUUCGGAGUUUCCCUUUGGCAGCUCAGCCGGAAAUUAUGAGAGCCGCCGAGAAGGAUGACCAGUACGCCUCCUUCGUUUACGAUGCCUGCCGCGACGCCUUUCGCCACCUAUUCGGUACAAGAGUUGCUGUGGCUUAUCAGAGUGAGACAAGGCUUCUUGGGCAGAUGCUUUAUUACGUAUUAACAACAGGUUCAGGGCAGCAAACCCUCGGAGAAGAGUACUGUGACAUUACUCAGGUUGCAGGGCCACAUGGACUUCCUCCGACACCAGCAAGACGAGCUCUUUUCAUUUUAUACCAGUCAGCAGUUCCUUAUAUUGCAGAAAGAAUAAGCUCAAGAGUUGCGUCUCGCGGCAUUGCUCUUGCUGAUUCAGUGUCUGGUGAGCCUGACAGCAGCUUUGCUUCAGGGAGCAGUCAGAUCCAAUCUUCUUUAAUGAUUGACCUCCCAUCUUCCUCCACAACAAGGACAUCAGUUUCUUUACUGUCAAGGAUGAGGCAGAAUUUUACUGGACUAUGGGUGCAUACAGUUCAGAGAUGGCCUGCGGCACUUCCCGUAGUUCGUGAAAUUUUACAAUUGAUUCUUCGCACCAACCUCAUGUUUUUCUACUUUGAAGGGCUUUAUUAUCAUAUAUCGAAACGUGCUGCUGGCAUUCGUUAUGUUUUCAUUGGAAAGCCAUCAAAUCAAAGGCCUAGAUACCAAAUACUGGGUGUAUUCCUUCUGAUUCAGCUAUGCAUUAUUGCUGCUGAAGGACUGCGCCGCAGUAAUAUAUCUUCAAUUGCGAGUUCAGUUCAUCAGACCUCCUUCAACCCCAAUCAAAGUUCAGGGCGAGGUUUUCCGGUCCUAAAUGAAGAAGGUAAUUUGAUACCUGUGGAAUCUGGAAGGGGGGGUUGGGCGUCAGAUUCUGCAUCAACUUCAGAGGCUAACGGAGCAAGCGCGACGAGCAAAUGCACACUUUGCUUGAGCAAUCGACAGUAUCCAACUGCUACAGCUUGUGGUCACGUUUUCUGCUGGAAUUGCAUAAUGGAAUGGUGUAAUGAAAAGCCUGAGUGUCCUCUCUGCCGCACCCCGAUAACUCACUCCAGCCUAGUUUGUUUAUAUCAUUCAGACUUCUAGCUUCUGAUAAAAAGAUGAGUUUGGCGUCUUGACGAAAAAGAAAAUAUAGUUGAAAGCGAUCAAGGAGGCCCUCUUUUUUCAACAGUUGUAAUGUGAGAAUAAAAGGGUUUGAACUUGGUGAUGAGAUCUUAAUAUAUUAAUUCAUUUCUAGGAAGCUGAAUCACAGGAACAAGGUUUUUUUUAUGUGUAAAAUCUAUGAUAUGUUGUUAGUUGCAAUUCUCAUGCACUACAAAGAAAAGGAAUAAACAGCUACGGAAUUUUCGAUUGCGAUUAUCAAUAUUUUCGAUUGCGAUUAUUGAUAAAA